AACAUAGAAUAUUCGAUGAUGGUAGCUGGCCAUACAAAAUUUGAGCCAGACUGGCAUUUUGGUGUUUGGAAGGUGCACUGGAGAAACACCAAUGCUGAAACAAUAUCACAGGUAGCAGAAUCCGUUUGGACUUCCAGUAGAAGUGGUCACAAUAUACCACAGGUUGUAGGCAAUGGUGAAGAUCCUGUCCUGUUCUAUGAAUGGAAGAAUUAUUUACAACAGUACUUUAAACCUCUGAAGUACCUAACCCGCUACCACCAUUUCUACAUGGAUUCAGAGAAUCCAGGAAUUAUUACAUGUCGGCAAAAUGCUUCCUCAGAAGCUGUCACUUUCAUGUUACUGAAAAGCAAAAGUAAAGUUCCCAUUCCAGGUGUUCUUCCUUCUCCAUCAGCCAUUAAAGGCCUUGAACCUGCUCGACAAUGGUACUUAUUUGACCACAUCAGAGAACACUGCUAUUCAGACACGGCAAAAGAAUGUAUAUGUCCAAAACCUACUGUUCCCAAACAAGAAAUAGACUUGACAGAAUGCAUUGAAGAAUAUAAACCAAAAGGUGGCAGAAAAAAGGCUUUACUAAAUUAAGCUUGUAA